AUGUUAUUAAUUUCUUUAGCAAGAAGAGCUUUUCAAAAUCGAACUCAAAUUCGUUUUUCAUCAUCGUCGAUUGAUAUUGCGGAUUUCAUUCGCGGAAUGUCACAAACGAAGAAACUCAAAAGUGAUUCCACAUCUUCCGUGAUGAACAAACCUCGACACGUUCGAAUGAAAGAACGCGGUCGAGAUCCAGGUUUAACAUCUCGAAUAAAUCUUCAAGUGAUUUCCAACGGUUACGCUGGCACCAGCAAAUCAUUAGUGCUGAACAGUGAUCAAACCAAUUAUGUGUUCAAUUGCGGAGAAGGCACACAGCGGACAUUACAAGAAAAGAAUACGAUUUGGGAAAUUAAAUUUUCCAAAACAAAACAUUUGUUUAUGACGCAAAAAUCAUGGGAUACAAUGGGUGGAAUAUUAGGUUUAUGCAUUAGUUUGAAAGAAGCAUAUCUGAAUGAGAUUACAUUUCAUGCACCAUGUGAUGUCAUUGACCUUUUGAAACAUUGGAAAGGUUUAGAAGCAUUUUCAAACAUCAAACUUGAACAACAUGAUUAUGACAAAGGUGAAUUUCAAGACGACUGUUUCAAGAUCAAAGCAAUUCCACUACGAGCAAAUAACUUAAUUUUGAGUCCUAAUUCGAAAAGACAAUGUGUAUCACCAACGAAUGAUUUAUCUCAAAUGAAGAAAUAUCCCAAUGAUCUUGUCUAUGCUUAUCUAUGCGAAACACAUCCAUUUCCUGGUAGUUUAUCAGCUGAAUUAUGUGCUUUUCAUCGUGUACCACCGAAUGAACUUCGAUCUCGGUUGAAGAAUGGUGAAGAUGUAACAUUACCCGAUGGACGACUUAUUCGUUCAAAAGACGUGACUCUGCCCGGUGAACCACCUGUGAGAGUUUUAAUAUUGGAUUGUCCAUCGUUAGCUUAUCUUGAUUCAAUUAAAAGCAACGAACUAAACUCCCAUUCGUAUCAUACAAUUGUUCAUCUUGCACCGAGUGCAAUCCUGAAUAAUGAUACAUAUCGUUCGUGGAUGAAAAGUAUGAAUACAACGCAUCAUCUCCUAUUGGACGAAACACAAGUAAAUGUGCACAUGGAAGCCAUUUAUCGUUACCAAACUCAAUUGAACUAUAUUGAUGACGGAAUCUUUCCUCUACUUAGCUAUCACAACAUCUUGAAAGAUCUGAAAAUUCCAGAACCAGUAGAUAAUAUUACCUAUGGAUUAACUAGCAGCCGUAUACCUAUUCGUCCAAUGCUUGCGCCAGAUAAUUCAAAGGUGGUCGCAAUACAACCACAAAGUUACAUUGAUCUUCUUCUUGCCAAUGAAGAAUUCAAACAAACGUUCACAGCUACUAAACAACAAUUGCAAGCCAUGCAUGAAAUUGCAAAAACAGGACAUUCAUAUCCGGAAAUCAUUUUUCUCGGUACUGGUUCUGCUUGUCCAAGUAAACCACGAAAUACCAGUGGUAUUUUGAUUAAUGUCAAUGAUACAACUAUUUUUCUUCUCGAAUGUGCAGAAGGCACGACUGGUCAGAUUCGUCACUUCUAUGGUGAUCAAUCCGAUGACGUUCUCUUUCGUAUUCGUUUUGUAUACAUUUCACACAUGCACGCCGAUCAUCUCGGUGGUUUGUUCGGUUUGAUUCGUCAACGUCGACGUGCUUUUGAAAAAUUUGGUCAUCAAUACGAAAAACUCAUCUUACUCUGCCCGAACAAAUAUGUUGAUGUCGGACGGAAACAGUGGGGCUUCUUUUCGAGUGAAUCUUCGUUUGACGAUGAUGUACACAUCGUUUUCAAUCGAUCGUUAACCAACGGUUUACCUUCCAUGACUAAUGUUGGUGGCGAAAAUACCGAUGAAGAAAAGUUUCUUUUCGAAACAUUCAAAUCCGUUGGAGUACAUGGUGUACAAACAGUUUUAGUCGAGCACAUCUAUGAUGCACAUGCCCUAGUAUUAAGACACAUUGAUGGAUGGUCAUUGGCUUUUAGCGGUGAUUGCAAACAAUCAAGUGAUUUCAUUCAAGCUGGUCAAAAUGUUGAUCUGUUGAUUCAUGAAUCGACGUAUGAAACUGGCUUGGAGGUUUAUGCAUCCCAAAUGCGUCAUUGCACAAUGGCCCAAGCCAUUGACGUAGGUCGUCGAAUGAAUGCAAAAUACACAGUAUUAUGGCAUUUUUCUCAACGCUACGCGAAAAUUCCAUUCCUUUCGGAAAGAGCCGAUGAGGACGAGACUGAACAAAAAGAGAAAAAACAAGCAACACGGCCAGAGAAUGUUUGCAUCUCUUUUGACUUCAUGCGUAUUCAUUUAUCAGAUUUGCCACGAGCGUGUGAACUCGUUCCGAUAUUUGAAAGUAUGUUCUAUGAAGAAUGGUUAACACUGAAAAAACGACAAACAAGACGAGAACAAGAGCCGGAUUACUUCGCUAAAAAUACUCGAAUGAUCGAAUCAAAGCGAAAACACAUGAGUGGUAAAUCAUCAUCAUCGCCGGAGAGUAAAGUCAACCGCAAAAGCUCGUCGUCACAUCAAUGA